AUGACCGUUUUUAUAUUUUCAAUUGGAAUUUCCUACAUUCAACUCUGUCUUACCUACCACGACCGGUCAUUUGACCGACUCAAUACCAAAACUAUAAAGUCGUUACAAACGAAAGGUAAUGUAAUUGUGGCACGAUUUUAUCCAAGAAGUGCCUUUCAGAAAAUGGUCUACAGCACUUCCAAAUAUCAACGAAGCCAAUGGUCACAAACCGAUAAAUUCGCUAUGAUUUCCGAAGUUUGGUACAAAUUUAUUGACAACAGUCAAAAUUGUUAUAAACCAGGACCAUAUAUUACUAUUGACGAACAAUUGUUUCCAACAAAAGCAAAAUGUAGAUGCACUCAAUACAUGCCCAAUAAACCGGACAAAUUUGGUAUAAAAUUUUGGUUAGCAUCCGAUGUACGUAGCAAAUAUAUAAUAAACGGCUUUCCAUAUUUGGGAAAAGAUGAAAGUAGAGAACCCUCAGUUCCUCUUGGAGAGUUUGUCACUAUGAAAUUAGCAGAAUCGUAUGUAGGAUGUGGAAGAAAUAUAACCACGGACAACUUUUUUACAAGCCUACCUUUAGCAACAAAACUUUUAGGAAAAAAAACUACGAUUGUUGGGACAAUUAGAGCAACCAAACCAAGAAAGAAAGUUCUAAUUCUCAGUUCAAUGCACAACCCCGUACAAGUUGAAGAAAAUGACACCCGAACACCGGAGACAAUUCAAUUGUAUAAUAGCACCAAAUUUGGCGUAGAUGUGACAGACCAAAUGGCCAGAAAUUAUUCGCAAGUGUUUCUUAAUAUCUUGGAUUUAGCCGGGAUAAAUGCAUGGGUGUUAUAUAAAGAAACUACGGAAGAGAAAUUACAAGACAGGAAUUUCUAUUCAGAUUGGCAGAAGAAUCUGCCAUCGAAAACUAACAAGAUCCCGGCAAAGAAAAUCAACAAAUACCCAUCGCAAGUACAAGUACAGGUUCCCGUGAACGGAAGACAUGUCAGAUAA